AGAAGACGAAAAGUGAAGUUGACAGUUAGAAACUGUGGUAUCUUUCUUUUCUUUUUAAUUUUUAGUAUUUUUCCAAUUUCUUCGAAUUGGCAAAAUGCUGUACGGAAUCAAUAGAUUCCAUAUUUGUGCAUUUAUUACUUGGCAGUUUGCCAACUUUUUUGCUGGACAGAAUAUUUUUGGAAUCUAUUCGAAUAAUGUUUCAAAAUGGAAAUGUGGAGAUUCGAAACCAACAAAAGACUGUAAUAUUUAUUUAUCCUGUCCUAAAAGUAACUUAACUUUUGUCGAUCCUCCAUUCCAAUCAGCUGCAAUUGAAUUUGAUUGGAUAUGUGGUUCUUCAGUAUUUUAUCAGUCAUUCUUUUCACAAGUUCAAUAUGUUGGAGUUCUCAUUGGAACACUUUUAUUUGGCUCAUUGUCAGAUCGAUUUGGAAGAAGACCAAUUGGGAUUUUGGUGAUAUCGAAUGCAAUAUGUUCAACAUUUGCCAGUGGAUUGGCUCCCAGUGUUAAAAUUUUGUUUCCGUUGAGAUUCCUCGUUGGUCUGUCAAUUGGUGGAAUGUUAGUAGUAAUAUGUGCAUGGAUAAUGGAAGUAAUUCUCCCUCAACAAAGAAUGGUAGUUCGUGGAUUUUUCAAUUGGGGAUGGACUAGAAUAUUCCUAACUUCAAUCUGUUAUUUCACUCGUGAAUGGAGACUUGCCACGUAUGUCAGUUCACUUUCUCUGAUUCCCGCUCUUCUUCUCGUCAUUUUUGUGAUACCUGAAUCACCUGUUUGGCUACAUAGCAGAGGAUUUAAAGCUCGAAUGAUUCAAAGUGAAAUGCAAAUUGCUCGAAUUGCUGGAGUUCCUUAUGUCCCAGUACAACACAAACUGGUCCGUCCAAAAAGUUUAAUGGAUACAUUGAAAACGAAAGGAAUGUUCAAGAAAUUAUUCAUUUUAUGGACUAUGUGGUUUAUUAUUGCAAUUUGUGGAUUUGCAAACGAUUUAAGCUCCGGCACUUUGGCGGGCGAUUUGUAUCUCAAUCAGCUGUUCUUUGGAAUUUUACUUGUUUUUUCCAAAAUGUUACUGCUAUUUGUAGACACAUAUUUUACAAAUUUCAAGAGAAGAACAUUACAUCAAGGAUCUCAAAUAGGAACACUUUGCUGUUUUAUCAUUCUUACUACUUUUAUGAGUAUGGAUUAUCAUGGAAUCGGAGUUCUUAUCGUCUAUCUGAUUGGAACAACAUUUAUCGAAUACACAUGGGAUGCCUGUUACCUUUGUGCUAUAGAACUCAUGGAGACACCUUCAAGAGCAAGUGCAACUGGAUCAUGUUCUCUUAUUGCAAGAAUUGGAAUGAUUCUAGCACCAUUCCUAACAUAUGCAAAUACUUGGUGGUCUCCUGCUGUUAAUGUUACUGUAAUUGUAUUGGGAAGUGCUAAUUUACUGAUUUCAUAUUUCUUUUUGCCCGAAUCCAAAGGAGUGAAUCUCGACGAUGUACACGUGAAUGAUGAUGAUGAGAAUGUUCCAGAAAAUACGCCAAUGGUUCAGAAAGUUCGAGAAUAAUUCUGAAAGUUCCAACCCCGUAGAAAAUUUAUUUUAAAGUUUUUAUAUAAAAUUUUCAAUUGAAUAAAGUCAUGCAAAAA